AGUUGAUCAAUUUAGUUAAUAAACAAAUAAAUACAUAUGGGUUGUAAGGAUGUAAAUAAAAACGAUAACUUUGGUGCAGAGUAUAAUUUUUUCUUUCUUUUUCGCCACGCAUAUCCAAAACCUAGUUGCUGUGCUGAUGAUUCUUGUUCUUUUAACGGCUAUUUAGCAUUUUCCCCCACUUAUCUCAUUUCACAUCUAAAGCCCACCAAUCUCUUUCAAAUCCUUUCGGGUCUAAGAGAUACCACCGGUAAAAAAUCCCAGCGUCGUAGCUUAAACCGUCACAUCAUUUCCAAGGCUCCUCUAAUGAGUUCCAAUCCAGACAAUGAACAAAAUGCCUCAUCAAGCACACAAGAAGCACCAACGCCCCAGAUCGAACCUAUACGCCUGCCUACAGUAGAGGAAAUUCGAGGCCAGGACAUAUGGAACAACUGUGCUGUCCGAAGUGUUGUCAGUGGUGUCAUGGGAGGUGGAUUGGGGCUGUUCAUGGGAUUAUUUCUCGGGGCACUCGAUAAUCCACUAAUGCAAGACGAGAUGACAGGAAGACAACAAUUGAUUUACCAGGCAAAGCAGAUGGGCCGUAGGAGCUGGAGUUCCUGCAAGGCUUUUGCCGUUAUGGGCUUUGUCUUUUCUGCAUCUGAAUGUGUUGUCGAGAAGGCCCGAGCCAAGCACGAUAUUACGAAUACGGUUGUUGCUGGAUGCGUAACUGGUGGCGCAAUUUCAGCUAGAGGGGGGCCAAAAGCAGCUUGUGCUGGGUGUGCUGGUUUCGCUGCAUUUUCUGUCGUGAUAGAAAAGUUCUUGGAAAGACAUACUUGAAGGCUAUUUAUCUCAUAUGAUAUUCCAGAAUAGCAGUAUAAUGAGACAUUUUCACUCCAGUAUUCUGCGCUUCAAUUGAUGCAACAUUGCACAGUUUUUUCACCUGCAUUGAUGUAAUAUGUGCAUCGCCUGUGCUAAUUUCAAUUUUGUUUUAGAUGUUUAUUGGGCUAUUCGUGAGUGAGCUCCAUGAGUCGGAAAAAAACUGGACUUUCUGCUCUUUUAUUUAUAAAAUAAUAUGGGAUAGUUCGUUCGACACCCCUGGUACUGAGUUUGGUUGUAUGCGACUCUGUGAAGUUUUCCUAGUAAGUGCUUGCUGGC